CCAUAGAAAGACAUCUUUAUGCUUUUCCUUAAAAAAAAAUGGACUUCACAACAACAACCAAAAAAAAGAAUAAAAAGAUUUGGAUCGGAGAUCCGGAGCUGUGACUUGUGAGCUAACUACCACGGGCCACGUGAUUACACCUUUAAUAUAAUAUUGUCUUCUCUAUCUGGCAGUGGUAGCUGAGCUCAUCUUAUUUGUUUCUUCCCUCCCAUUUAAUGGUUUCCUCUUAAACCAUUCCCUUCCCUUCCUCCUAACUGCAAUCUACUCUCCACCUAACAUUGCUCCGUUUUGACUCGCUCGACUCGGCUAAGUGACCACAGGUUCGUUUUCCUAUUUCUCUAACUUUUCAUUGGAGAUUUCCAUGACUCAGAUCCGUGUUUUUUUCGAAUCCGAUCCGGUUAAUCUCAAACAAAACUUGUCGAUCCGGUUUGGGUUUUAGGGCCUAUAGAGGGGAUAGUGAUGAGUCGAUAGUGGAAUGAUUUCGUUUCUACAAAGACUGAGAUCUUAAGUAAUAUGGAAUUCUGUAAUGCAGUGGUUGAGAUUUGCAGUAGUGGGUCCCUGGUUUCGAUCCCAAAUCGUUAUCUUUUAAUCCAGAACAACUGGAAUAAAGAAACAAAGCUUCUUCUUGUUUGAUUCAGUUCUCGAUCAUGGUUUGAUUAAAUGAAUCAACUUUAUUAAAGUUGUGUUAGCUUGAAAAGGGAGAAACUUUUUGUUGUUCCUUUCGAGCCAAUAAAAUGGCUACGGGACAGCUAUUUUCACGCAACACACAAGCGUUGUUCUACAAUUAUAAGCAGCUUCCCAUUCAGCGUAUGCUUGAUUUUGAUUUCCUCUGUGGGCGAGAAACUCCUUCUGUUGCUGGUAUCAUAAACCCAGGUUCCGAGGGAUUCCAAAAGCUAUUUUUUGGUCAGGAGGAGAUCGCCAUCCCUGUCCACGCAGCCAUUGAGGCAGCAUGCGCUGCGCAUCCCACAGCAGAUGUAUUCAUCAACUUCGCAUCGUUUAGAAGUGCUGCUGCUUCAUCCAUGGCUGCUUUGAAGCAGCCAACUAUUAAAGUAGUGGCCAUUAUAGCAGAAGGUGUUCCGGAGUCAGACACUAAGCAGUUGAUUGCUUAUGCUCGUGCUAAUAAUAAGGUUAUUAUUGGACCAGCUACUGUUGGAGGCGUUCAAGCUGGAGCCUUUAAAAUUGGUGACACAGCUGGAACUAUUGACAAUAUCAUCCAAUGCAAGUUGUACAGGCCUGGAUCUGUUGGCUUUGUCUCAAAAUCUGGUGGCAUGUCUAAUGAAAUGUACAAUACCAUUGCCCGUGUGACAGAUGGGAUCUAUGAAGGCAUUGCUAUUGGUGGGGAUGUGUUCCCGGGCUCAACUUUAUCUGACCAUAUCCUGCGGUUUAACAACAUCCCACAGAUUAAGAUGGUGGUUGUACUUGGAGAGCUUGGAGGAAGAGAUGAAUAUUCUCUAGUUGAAGCCAUGAAACAGGGAAAAGUGACCAAACCAGUGGUUGCUUGGGUCAGCGGGACUUGUGCACGUCUAUUCAAGUCCGAAGUACAAUUUGGUCAUGCAGGGGCCAAAAGUGGUGGAGAGAUGGAGUCUGCACAAGCCAAGAAUCAAGCGCUACAAGAUGCUGGAGCUACUGUACCCACUUCAUUCGAAGCCCUAGAAGUUGCAAUCAAGGAAACUUUUGACAAAUUGGUUGAAGAGGGAAAGGUCUCUCCUAUUAAGGAAGUCACUCCUCCACAAAUCCCUGAAGAUCUCAGCUCUGCAAUUAAGAGUGGGAAAGUCCGGGCUCCUACUCACAUCAUCUCCACCAUUUCUGAUGACAGAGGGGAGGAACCAUGCUAUGCUGGUGUGCCAAUGUCAUCCAUCAUUGAACAGGGUUAUGGCGUGGGAGAUGUCAUUUCCCUCCUAUGGUUCAAACGUAGUCUUCCUCGAUAUUGUACCAAAUUCAUCGAGAUAUGCAUAAUGUUGUGCGCUGACCACGGUCCAUGCGUCUCUGGCGCUCACAACACCAUCGUAACAGCAAGAGCAGGAAAAGACCUUGUCUCAAGUCUUGUCUCAGGUCUAUUAACAAUCGGUCCUAGAUUUGGUGGUGCCAUUGAUGAUGCAGCACGAUACUUCAAGGACGCUUGUGACAGGAAUCUCACACCUUAUGAAUUCGUGGAAGGCAUGAAGAAGAAAGGAAUCCGUGUCCCUGGCAUUGGUCACAGGAUAAAGAGCAGAGACAACAGAGACAAAAGAGUGGAGCUGCUUCAGAAAUUUGCACGGUCUAACUUCCCUGCAGUGAAGUACAUGGAAUACGCAGUCCAAGUAGAGACAUACACACUGUCUAAAGCCAACAACCUGGUACUCAACGUCGAUGGAGCCAUUGGAUCUCUCUUCUUAGACCUUCUCGCUGGAAGUGGGAUGUUCACAAAACAAGAGAUAGACGAAAUAGUUCAGAUCGGUUAUCUCAACGGCCUCUUCGUCCUCGCUCGAUCCAUCGGUUUAAUCGGGCACACAUUCGAUCAGAAGAGACUGAAGCAGCCACUGUACCGACACCCGUGGGAAGAUGUCUUGUACACCAAGUAAUCAUAUCAUUAUUCACUUCUUCUGGUCGUUCCUUAUUCCUGUUAUCAUUCUCUCCCAUUCAGUUAGGCUAUGUUUGAUUAUAUAUUUGUUCUGACACUCUAUCUGUUGUGAUCUCUUAAUGCUUGAAAAAAUAAAAGAAAGUUCAAUUUUAGAAGAAUUAUAAUGUUUUGAUUAAAUUCUUUUAAAAAGUUCAAUAUAAUCCUGACGUUUUAUC